UGUACCAUCUAUACAAUGUAUGCCGCUACUGGCGUCAUCCUUGAAAUGUUGGAAUAAUCGCCAUUUCCGUCUUCCUUUGCGUUAUUUCGAUGCCCUUUUUAGGAGGAGCAUGUACUAGAUGAAUUAAUGUCAGACAAUAUCAGGGAGAUAGGGCACACCAACUUGCAUCAGGGAGGAGCAAAGAAAACACCAGCUGCGAGGCCAAGGGGACGUCCUCGAGGGAAGAAGGCACAACAGGAGACCAAACAGUUGAGUCCUUCAUCUGAGAUUGUGCCACACCCUCUUUCAAACACGGGUGACAACAACACAAUUGUGGCGCAGAAUCCGUUUGAUGACUGCCCGCCACAUCCACACAAUAUUGCAAUGCACAACAAACCUCACCCCGGGAUGCAAACUCCACUACCACCACCAACAGGCACAGGGAAAGUCUACCCACCAAAUCAGCCAAUGAUUUUCAAUCCAUCAAACCCAAAUGCUCCCCCAAUCUAUCCAUGCGGAGUUUGUCAUAAGGAGGUCCAUGACAAUGACCAAGCGAUAUUAUGUGAAAGUGGAUGCAAUUUUUGGUUCCAUCGUAAUUGUACUGGGCUGACAGAGGCAGCAUAUCACUUGCUGACACAAGAAGUUUAUGCAGAGUGGGUGUGUGACAAGUGCCUGGCAGUAAAGAAUAUACCACUUGUUAAGAUGAAACCAUAAGACUUUGAAAAUAACUUUGCCUUCUUUUUGAGAGGCAGCUAUGAAUUUGACUUCUUUUUGAGAGGCGGCUAUCUGAUAUGCUCAAUUACCGUCUGUUUAGAAGGUGCUAACACAAACCAAGAAACUUCGAAGUCCCCACCUGUUUCAUACAGUGAGUGACCUUGUAAAUGUACAUUAAGAGAGACAUAUCACAUGUAAUUGCUUGGCUGGGUUCCACUUGUUGAGCCAGUGACAUGUACCUUUGGUCUGUUUGUAAACUACACUAUGAACUUCAAUGAUCUACAUGUAUGUAGCGUGUUUUUUUUAGAAGAUCAUGUGAAUGUCUAUCUCCUUGUUCUUAGUUUGUAGAAAUCAUGAUUCCCAAUUGCAUUGCUACUUAGUGGAUUUGAAAUACUCUGGGUCCAUUUUAAAAGAAUUCUGUACUAGUACUGCAUGUAGUGUAAAACAGCUGGAUACAUAUCAUUUUAUUGUACAAUGUAUUGUAGCAGUAUGUACAUGUAUGUUAUUGAUAUUAGCCUGUAGAUGAUGUAGAUAGAAUUAUGUAGAAUAACAAAGCUUUUCUGCA